UUCGGCGCUUCCCAUCACAUCCCAUCCCCAGUCAAACAUCUUUUUUGCGCGUUAAGCCGGGCGCAGCAUCACGAGGAUUCGCAGGAAUCGCAUCCUCUCUCUGCUGUGUCUCUGUCUCUCUAACACUUCCUUACCACUUCUCAGUAGGCAAUCAUGCAGAUCUUCGUGAAGACCCUCACGGGCAAGACUAUCACCCUUGAGGUGGAGUCUAGCGACACCAUCGACAAUGUCAAGCAGAAGAUCCAGGACAAGGAGGGCAUCCCCCCUGACCAGCAGCGCCUGAUCUUCGCCGGCAAGCAGCUCGAGGAUGGCCGCACCCUCUCCGACUACAACAUCCAGAAGGAGAGCACCCUCCACCUCGUGCUUCGCCUCCGUGGUGGUGGUAAGAAGAGAAAAAAGAAGGUCUACACCACCCCCAAGAAGAUCAAGCACAAGCGCAAAAAGACCAAACUCGCUGUGCUCAAGUACUACAAGGUCGACUCCGACGGCAAGAUCGAGCGUCUUCGCCGCGAGUGCCCUAACGAGACCUGCGGUGCCGGUGUCUUCAUGGCCGCCAUGCAGGAUCGUCAGUACUGCGGUCGCUGCCACCUCACCUACGUCUUCGAGAAGAGCUCUUAAAUUGCUGGAAAGCUUAGGGGCAUGAUCUGGGACGGGGAAUGACAAUACCACAUCUCGCUAGGAUUGGAACUUCAUGUAUGGCGUUUUGAGCGGACAUCAGGGUACCUUUGACUGGCGAGGGAAAGCAAAAUUGGGAAUGGCAUGACCGACUUGGCCGAAUUUUGGCUACUUGAAUCUCGCUGCUGACUGUGAUUGUGAAAUAUGUUUCAUUUACCAGGACACUGCCAAGUGUACGACGAUAUUCACCAUCCUAUCUAUCGACAUA